AUGUCCGAGUCCCAGGACAUCAAGCCCCGCAUGGAGGACGACCUCAUCGCCCCCACGCCGCAGAACACCCCUCUCACUACCCACGUCCCCACCAGUCGCCCAGCCGGCGCAGGCAAGCCCAAGGUUGAGGAUGUUGCUGAGGGCGAUGAGGACGAGGACGACGUCACGAGCAUGAACCCCGCCUCGCUCCUUGCCAACAACCCUGCUCUCCUCGCGCUCGCCCAGCACAAGCUCGGCGCUCUCGUCGGCCGCCCGUCGGGGUACAUUGAGAGCCUGCCGCCUGCUGUGCGUCGGCGCAUCGACGGCCUCAAGGGUCUUCAGGUUGAGCACUCAAAGAUCGAGUCCGAGUUCCAGCUCGCCAUCCUCGAGGUCGAGAAGAAGCCCCUGUACAACCGCCGUGUCGAGAUCAUCUCGGGCAAGGCUGAGCCGACCGACGCCGAGGUCACCGAGGGCCAGAAGGCCGACGAGGACGACGAGGAUGACGAGGACGAGGGUGCGCAGGUCACCGAGCUCACCGACGACAACGACGAGGAGAUCACCGGCAUUCCCGAGUUCUGGCUCACCGCCAUGAAGAACGCCAUUCCUCUCGCCGAGACCAUCACCGACGCCGACGAGGAGGCCCUCAAGCAGCUCAACGACAUUCGGCUGUCGUACCUUGACGGCCAGGCUGGUUUCUGCCUCCACUUCACCUUUGGCCCUAACGAGUUCUUUGAGGACACGGAGCUCACCAAGACCUACUACUACCAGGACCAGGUCGGCUACGGCGGCGACUUUGUCUACGACAAGGCGAUCGGCCACGACAUCAAGUGGAAGGAGGACAAGGACCUCACCAAGAAGGUCGAGAUCAAGAAGCAGCGCAACAAGACGACCGGCCGCACCCGUGUCGUCCGUAAAGUCGUCCCCACCGACUCGUUCUUCAACUUCUUCAAGCCGCCUCAGCCUCCAACGCGCGAGGAGCUCCAGGAGGAGGACGUCGACGAGGAAGAGCUGGAGGAGCUCGACGGCCGCCUUGAGAUGGACUACCAGCUCGGCGAGGACUUCAAGGAGAAGAUUAUCCCGCGCGCCGUCGACUACUUCACCGGCAAGGCCCUCCGUUAUGAGGAGGACUUUGACGAUGACUUUGAGGAUGAUGACGACUUUGACGACGACGACGAGGACGAGGACGACGGCGCCCCCGCACCUGGCGCGCAGGACGAGAACUGCAAGCAGCAGUAG